CACCUGUCCUAUUUACUCUCCAGUAGAAUAAGGAAAAAAACCCAAAAUCAAAGAGAGGUGAGAGGGAGGAAGAAAUUUUCCUUUAUUUGCUACAAUUUUGAAUCGAUCCUGCACCCUCCCCGAUUUGAAUCGUAAAAAUGGAGGGAGUAGGGGCAAGACUCGGGCGGUCCUCCACUCGAUACGGACCGGCCACGGUGUUCAAUGGGCCGGUGAGGAAGUGGAAGAAGAGUUGGGUCCACGUUUCCCCAUCUAACAACAGCAAUCACUCUCAAAAUCACCACAUCCACGCCACCGCCAAUGCUACCACUAACGGUAAUAACGGUUCUCACCUCCUGCUUUACAAGUGGACCCCAUUAACUCAAAGCAACAAGGACAACGCCAAUAACUCUAAUGGCGAUAAUACCAAUGGCGACAAGAAUUCUCUUAAGGAAGACGCUGCGCCGCUGCCGGAGGAGCCUCCUAGGCGUAAAUUCAAAUACAUUCCGGUUUAUUUGCUAGAGGAACAGAAAAAAGAGGCUGCAGAGAAGGCUGAAGACGAAGCUAAACUGAGUGAUACUGAGCCAAUUGCAAAAGGCGAUGGUUUCAACGAGAAACCUGACAUUAAUGAUGUACCUAUGGAAGAAACUCAGGAUGACAGUCAAGUGGUGCGACAAGAUCUGAAUGAAAGCACUUUGGAUUUGAGUCUGGGCUUGAAGUCUCAUGAUGACGACUUUGAUUCAGAACCAGAUCGGUCGAAAGAUGGGCAGUUGGAAAGAUUGAACUCGAGUAGUGUAGGAACAUGAUUGAAGGUGUUCCUGAGAUUAUUUGACACAUAGCAGAUGAGAAGAAAAACAACCUAUUGUUUGUUGCUGAUUUGGAGACAAUUUUCUCUUAUGAAUUUAUUUUUGUCCACAACUGUUUUAGGGAAAAUAUACUCGAGUGGCAGGUGCAUGUACUUUAGUCCAUUUGAUGCUCCCUUGCUGAGCUGAUUGUAAUAUCAAUCACAAUUAAAUUUUCUUUCCCAUUAUUGAACAGCUGAAAUUUUUUCCUCCUGUUUA